CAUGCGCAUACGACAAACAUCGACCAUUAAUCGAUCAUUGAUUCAUUGCCCAGAAAGGAGAAAGCCAUGGAUAACAGAGACUUGUGUGGAAGGAAUUUAAACAUUGAAGAUCUUGAGCCAUUAAUCGAAUUACUUAAGAGACAUCACUACAGCAAGGCCUCAUAUCAUGAACUCGGUCUGCGCCUUAAAUUGUCUCAAAACACAUUAGAGAAAAUAAAGAAAGAUUAUGGAGAAGUCGAUGCUUGCUUUAGAGAGUGUUUGGUUUGCUGGCUGCGUAAAGCUGAUGGUGUGGAGUAUCCAACAAUAGAUACACUGAUAGCUGCUCUUAGAGGAAUAGAUAAUGCUGCAGCUGAUGGUAUUGAUGAAGAAAGACGAACUUAUUCUAGUGAAAGCUCAUCAGAUGCUGGCAGACCAUUAACCACACCUCCAAAAUUACAUAGUAAGUUGUUUUGUACAUGUCAACUUACCAUAUUUCCUCGAAUAGAAGCCGCCCUUCGAAUAGUAGCCGUAUCCAAAUAGCAGCCCCCCUCUGUGCUUGCACUAUUGUAAUAGUAGCCGCCCUCUAAUAGAAGCCGCAGUUAAUUAAAAUUUAAUUAAUUAAUGUGCCAU